AUAUUUGUGUUCAGUGCCAGUGGUCAAGAAUCUAAUGAACCACAAACUAAUCGUGAUGCUAUUUAUAUUGGACCUUGUACAUGGAUCCUUGAUAGAAAAUGUCCUGAUAAAGAUGUCAGAUUUUGGCUUUUCACAAGUUCAAAUCCUGAUGAGAGACAAGCAAUACACGUUGAUGACUGUUGGGAGAAAUCAAAUUUAUCAACCUCAUUUUACAAUCCAAAUUUUCCAGUGAAAAUCAUUAUUCAUGGAUAUAAUUCAGACAUGCAAUUAACGCCGCUAAUUGAUAUGAAGGAUGAAUAUUUACAACGAGGAAAAUAUAAUCUCUUCUUCACUGAUUGGUCUGUACUUGGACCAGCACCUUGCUAUCCUGCUGCUGUUCACAACACAAAACAUGUUGGCAAAUGUAUCGCACAACUCAUAUCAAGAAUCAGGGAAACAGGAAACGAUGAUAUUCAUUUAAUCGGAUUUUCACUCGGAGCUCAAAUAACUAAUUAUGUUUCAAAGCAACUUGAGUUAACAUUUAGACUACCAAGGAUCACGGGACUUGACCCUGCCAUGCCACUUUUUGUCAGUGCUGAUGUUGAUAAUAAGCUCGAUGCUUCUGAUGCCGAAUUUGUUGAUGUUUUUCAUACCAAUGCUUUAGUGCAGGGAAAGAUUGAGCAAUGUGGUCAUGUUGACUUCUAUCUGAAUGGUGGCAUUUAUCAACCUGGAUGUCACAACAUUAUUAACAACAACAUUUUCCAAUGCAGCCAUCAUCGUGCUCCUGAUUAUUUUGCAGAAUCCAUUAGAUCAGUUGAUGGCUUUUGGGGUUGGAGAUGUCAAAAUUAUAUUUAUUAUCUAUUGGGUAUGUGCACACCCACAAGUGAAGACCAAACUAUUGCUGGAGAAGAUUGUCGUUCAAGUUCAAGUGGAAUGUUUUUCAUCAAAACAAACUCAGAAUCGCCAUUCGCACUUGGUAGAGUCACAAAUUUAGUCCGAUCUAUUAACACGCAAACAAUUUCAUUCAACACUAUUCGUGAUGUUGAUCCGCUGAUGAAAGAAAUUGAUGCCUUUGGGAAAUUAGCUGGAAAUUUCAAUAACCUUCCGUAUUCGAGCAACCAUGACUCAGUUGUGAACUUUUUCAGAAAUCAAGGUUCCGAUGAGGUCACUCAUGAGUAUGUUAAUCGCUUGCGAUAUCAAGCCACUUAUUGCGCUGAUGUGUUGGAUAUUUACAAGCAUGACCCCGAAUACGGGAAAACUUGGAUGUUUUUUCCCAACGGCGAAGGAAAACCCCAAGUCAUUGAACUCAUUGAAACUAAUCCAAAUGCAAAAUUUUCACUGGCACAUGAAAAUCCUGAUUCAAAAAUUACUCUGUGGCUUUACAAUAAAAAGUAUAAAACAAAUCCAAAGCUUUUGAAAGUUACUGGGCCUGAAAGUCGUAACAACUUUACAAUAGAUAAAAGUUAUGACAGCAAAAAGAAAACUAAAUUCAUUAUACAUGGAUGGCAGAACAACUUGAACAGCCCUGUCAUUCAAUUGAUUAAGGAUGCUUACUUGAAAGAGUCAGAAGACUUCAACAUUGUAGCUGUUGAUUGGGGAAAGAUGGCACAGGAUAAUAAUUAUCUCAGCUCUGCAGCAUCAACGAAAAACGUUGGUAAAAAUGUAGCAGCGGUGAUUGACGAAAUGGUGAUAAAGCACAAAGCUCACUUGACUGACUUUCAUAUUAUUGGGUAACAUUCUUUAGGUGCACACACUGCUGGGUAUACUGGAAUGUAUGUCACAAGUGGGAAGGUUGAACGAAUAACUGGAUUAGACCCAGCAUAUCCUGGAUUCUUUAACUCUAAGAACAUUGCCGAUUGUCUUGAUCCCACUGAUGCAGAGUUUGUUGAUGUUAUUCAUACAUGUGCUGGUACACUUGGACAUAAUCAAAACUUGGGCCAUGCUGAUUUUUUUCCUAAUGCAGGAAAAUCAAGUCAACCUGGAUGUAGCUCAAUGUCAGAUUAUGUUGAAGGAUGUUCCCAUGGCAGAAGUUAUAUGUACUUUGCUGAAAGUAUUCAAAAAAAAUAUGGCUUUAUGUCUUAUCCAUGUGAUACUUGGGAGGAGUUUCAAAACAAAGAUUAUAAAAGCGGUCCAGUUCCCAUGGGUGAAGCUUUAUCGAAGGGCACUAAAGGAAAAUUCUUCUUAGAAACCGAUGAUGGACCGACAUUUGCUAGAUUUAAUAAAAUAAAUUAA